UCACCGACCGCUCGUGCUUGCGUUGCGUAUGAUAGCAACCCCUCGUCCGACGGUAGCGUCUCGCGUCACCGCCGCAUCCCGCAUCGUUGUCCGCCUACACCGCUCCGGCCGCAGCCUUGGCAAGUGCCUUCACACGCGCUGGGUCAGGUGCAGCAGCAGCCAGUGCGCAAGCGAGUUCACGGGAAGAGAGGAGCUGGUGGCGAUGAAGGUGGUGGAGCUCAAGGAGGAGCUGGGCGAGCGUGCCGAGGCCCUCUCAGGCAACAAAGGUGCGGCUGCGCCGCCGGCUGCACGCCGCAAUAGUGAGCGAGUAUUUGGAGAGCGCCGCGGGCGCCGACGGAGCCA